CGCUGGGGGCGGGACUUCCGUCUACGUUCCCUGCUGUGUAUGUAUUUAUCUUUCUUAGCGUCUGCUCUUCUCUUCAGGUUCCGGAACGCGGGUUCAGGGUCUGGGUGACUGGUCGUGAAGACGCGACGGGAGGCGUGGUCCCCGCCGCACACAGUUCAGGCCGGGUGUCCGCUCCCCUCCGGCCCGCUGCCGGCGCACGGAGUCCGAUGGCGGCGGCCGCGCCCAGGGACUCGGCUGAGUGUGGUGUGACCUUUGAGGACGUGGCCGUGUACUUCUCCUGGAAGGAGUGGAGGCUUCUUGAUGAGGCUCAGAGACGGCUGUACCACCAUGUGAUGCUGGAGAACUUUGCACUUGUAUCGUCACUGGAUAAGGCCCUCAUCGUCCCCUUGACCUGCUCUGGACUCUGUAUCCUGCGGACUCCCCUUAUCCAUUCUCCAGGGGAGGGUUUGUGCUUCUCUGGUGUGGACUGUGUUCACUGCGUGCUUCCCCAGCUUUCUGGGCAGUUGCUUUUGUUGCUGGCCCUGAGUUGUUGGUGUGCCCUUCUGUCUGCCCGCAGCCCCAGUACCCGCUGUGCUGAGCCCUGAUCGGCUAAGAUCGCAGGUCAGUGGUCCUGCAUUGAGGCUGAUGGAAUGCACCUUGCUUGCCCUUUCCUUGGCUGGGACCCUGUAUCUAGGUCCAUGACUCAUCGAUGGCCUAGGUUUUGACCCCUCCCUUAAGUGACAUUUCCCUGUGCCUGCCUGUGCCUGAAAUUGGAGGCAUGUACAUGUUUACUGCUUAUGUGAACCAUGGGUUACUAAUCAAGACUGCCCUGUAUUGUUCUUGGU